AUGAAGCGCGCAUACGAUGGCGAUGAUGACGGCGAGCAUCCAGCCAAAGUACAGCGGCUUCUACAUUCCGACAAACUCUCUCGAUUGAGCGAGGAGCUGCUUGUGCGGAUACUGUCUUUCGUACCCGUACCCUCGCUGCUAGUAUGCCAAAGGGUGUCAAAGAAGCUCAGUCGCCUUUCGGUCGAUUCGGAAUUAUGGAAAGCCGCUUACUACCGCACAUUCGUCCUCCCUCGAGCUUCGCGCAUACCAGGCAUCAGAGGCCCUGCCAACCCGAAUCGGCUACACUACUCCUCGCGGCUAUCGAAAUGGCUAGAAGACGGCUACUUGGUCAAAGAUGGAACACAAACGAACUGGAAGCAGCAAUAUCGGUUGCGGCAUAACUGGACCCAGGGACAAUGCGCCGUCAGUGAGAUUGUGGUCGCUGAGAGGCCUCCAGACCCACCGCUGCUCGUGAUGAUGUCCAACAGCAUCAUCUAUGCUGCCGACUCCAUGUCAGGCCUGCGGGCGUGGAACUCGAAGAAUGAUAGGGAGCUACUGGCAUCCACGGAACUAUCUGGUGAAACAGAUGUAGCUCGGUUGCCCAUAUCCAUGGCCAUAGAUGCCUCGAAUACGGACGAUGACACGGAGCGAGUUGUAAUAGGCUUUGAAGACGGCUCAUUCUCUAUUUACGCACUUAGGACGAAUCGCAACAAGUUCACGAAUGUCUUCACCCAUCCGCCAUCAACCAACGGAAUGUUGUCAGCUCUCGCAUACUCGUCGCCUUAUCUCCUCACGAUGACCGAAGACCACCUCCUCUCAUUAUACGCUUUUGAAGAGGUACCUGGCACGUUCGGGCUGUUGGAGGCACCGAAGCUGCUAUACUCCCUACGAUCAAACACUGCAUGGCCACCUGUCUCGUUAUCGCUGCGCACAACAGCACAUACCAUGACCGCCGCGAUCGCAUACUCCCUGCCGACGUACUUAUCCGGCUGGACUGUUGGUGUGCAGGAGCUCAUACUCUCACACAAAGGCGAUCUAAUUGAGUCACGGUUGGCUACUGCGGCGGACGAACACUCAUUUACACUCUCUACGUACCGCGCGGCCUCUUCAUCAGCACGCUCGUCGUCACCUUUACCAGAUCGCGCCGACGAAGCCCUAGCACCGAGCGGGCCGAGCAGAUCGAAGCCUACCUCCAUGUCAUACUCUCAUCCGUAUCUUCUCGUCGCGCAUCCCGACAACACACUAUCGCUCUACCUCGUCCGAUCGACAUCACAAGCAUUGUCCAUCAGCUCUGGCAACCGCCUCUGGGGUCACACGUCUUCGAUAUCUGGUGCCCAUGUCGGCCUGCGCGGCAAGGCUGUGUCCGUGAGCAGACGAGGGGACGAGCUCCGGGUAUGGGAUCUAGAGGGUGGCAUGAACUCCUCCGCGAACCGCAAGCGCUCAAGAAACGGACAAUUAAGCGUUCGCGUACAGCCAUCCAAGGCCAGUGAAGAGUACACCCAGGACGACGACUCGGGGCAGCAAGUGGGCUUACGGUUUGCGCUUGACCAAGGCUUUGACGACUCUUCCGUCAGUCGUGGUUGGGUCGGCUUCGACGAACAGAACGUCAUAGUGCUGAGAGAGAAGAGCGAGGGCAGUCAGGCGUUAGUGGUCUACGAUUUUACAUGA